AUUCUUUCAAACAUAUGCAGUGAUUUAAACCUUCAAAAGAACAAUGGUUUUUUUUUAACCCACAAUAAUAUCUCUCCAAGGACAAACGGUGAAACCUUCACAUUUUUCAGUCAGUAACGUUGCGAGUUUUUCAUGCGAGUCGACCUCAAAUAGCCUCAGGCCUAUGAACACCCGACUAACGCUCCCGUGUCACUUCGUUCGUUGGGUUUAUCGUGAUUUUUGUUGGUUUUCGUUGUCGUGUGUUCCCUCAUCAAUCCCAUUAACUAAAACGUAUCAAAGAAUUUAUCAAACUAUCGCAUAUCUAUAAAAAAAUGAGUGAGCUUAUUGAUAAAGGCCAGUGUGAUAGUCGUGGCGAGGUAAACGAAAUAUUCGAAGCUACAGGAAGCUACAAAUCUUCUUCACAACAUACCACCGGGGACCAACCACCUGAAACACAAGGCGAUACUAAGACGAUCCACACUGCAUGUUCUUUGGAUGAUACUGACAAAAUGGGAAACACAAAAAUGGUGUGUGAAGAUCCCCUCAUGAUUAACCCCAAAACUAAAGAUGGAAAACCUAGUGAAGUCAGAGAAACUUGGACAAACAAAGUAGAAUUUAUUCUAGCUUGCAUUGGUAAUGUUGUUGGAUUGGGGAACAUGUGGAGAUUUCCAUAUCUUUGUUAUAAGAGUGGAGGAGGUGCUUUUCUGGUACCAUAUUUCAUCAUGUUGAUUGUAUGUGGGAUCCCAUUGUUGUACAUGGAACUAGCAGUUGGGCAGUACACAAGACAAGGACCAAUUGGAGCUAUGCACAAAAUCUCCCCAUUUUUCAAAGGAACUGGUUUGGCCACUGUUGUCAUGUCCUUCCUUCUUUCCACUUACUACAAUGUCAUCAUUGCCUGGGCAAUAUAUUACUUAAUCAAUUCCUUCAUGGAUCCUUUACCUUGGGAGAGUUGUAACAAUGACUGGAAUUCUGAGCACUGCUGGAAUGGGACCAAACUUAACAGUUCCGAACACAUGGAAAACAACCAAAUAAGCGCACCACAAGAAUUCUAUGACAAUCGAUUGCUUCAAAUGACACCAGGAAUUGAUAACUUUGGCACAAUGCGCUGGGAACUUCUAGCCUGCCUCGCAGUUGCUUGGGUUCUAGUCUACUUUUGUUUGUGGAAAGGCAUUAAAUCUUCGGGAAAGGUGGUCUACGUGACGGCCACCUUGCCGUACCUCUUUAUAGGGGCAUUCAUCGUCAGAGCACUCACAUUACCCGGGUCUGAAUUAGGUCUCCUGUACUUCUUUUCACCGAAAUGGGAAACACUUCUAGAAGCAAAAGUUUGGGUCAACGCAGCUGCUCAAAAUUUCAAUUCGAUUGGGAUUGCAUUCGGUUCACUUAUGGCGUUUUCGAGUUAUAAUCGCUUCGAUAAUCGACUGAUGCGUGAUACUCUGAUUAUUUCCCUAACUGACGCAGUGACUUGCAUUUUAGCCGGAAUAUGCGUGUUCGGAACUCUGGGAAAUUUGGCAUACGAACAAGGGAAAACCGUCGAUGAAGUUGUCAGUAGUGGUCCCGGGCUUGUGUUUGUCGCUUAUCCUGCCGCAUUGUCCAAAAUGCCGUUUCCUCAAGUGUGGUCGGUUAUUUUCUUUGCCAUGUUGCUUUGCCUUGGAAUUGAUAGUCAAUUCGCAACGGUCGAAGUAAUUAUUACGUCAAUCAAAGAUGCUUACGGCAGAUGGAUUCGCCUCCACUUAAAGCGACACGAAGUUCUAGUAUUGCUGGUGUGUUUCGUGUCAUUUUUAUGCGGACUCCCCAACGUUAUGCAAGGUGGAAUAUACUUUUUCACGCUGAUCGAUUACUACGCUGCCGCAAUUUCUUUGAUGUACAUUGCUUUCUUUGAAGUCAUAGCAAUUGUUUGGGUGUAUGGCGCAAAUAGGCUAGCCCGCAAUGUUCGAGAUAUGACAGGCGAACUACCCAAUUUCUAUAUAAGAGGUUGUUGGAUGGUGGCUGCACCUUGCCUGAUUAUGGCUAUUUGGAUUUUUAGUCUUGCGGAUUAUGAACCUCCAACUUAUAAUAAGGGUCAGUACAUAUUCCCUGGGUGGAGUAUAGGGAUGGGUUGGGCGAUUUCCUCCUUGUCUCUAUUAGCCAUUCCUAUACUAGCAGUUAUUGCAGUUGUUAAAGCGAAAGGAAACAACAUAAUUGAGAAACUGAAAUCAGCAGUUAGAUCUCCAAUUCGUGAAUGUCCUUGCUGUGGCAAAACUUUGAACAAGCAACACGAAGCUCAUCACGGAACUGCAGCAAAUAAUGCAGACAAUGAAAUAUGUAUGGAGCAGCUAACCUCAGAUUGAUGUUAGAUGGUAUAACUUUUUGUACUCUAUACCAUAGUUUGUAUUUCCCAAUGUUCUCGUUUCGUCCUAUCUCCAUUUAGUCGAACUUGUUUACACUUUACAGAAAGGCGACCAACAAGUACUUUAUUAUAAUUGUUAUACAUGUUUCACGUAGAUUGUUCAUUUGCAAUCAUGCGGGAACCGAUUGCUUUCGGGCUAAUUACGGUGCACACCCUCAAUACAUGCAGAGACAAGACAGAUCCUGUCUACAGGACUGUCGCACGUCGUAAA